GUUUAUGUCAGUGUUCUCUAGUCUGUGGUUCGGUCGUCGGCCUGUCGUACGAAAAAGUUGUGCAAGACAUUUGAGGUUUUUACUAUUAUUUUCGGAGUAUUACCAUUAAUUAACUGAUAUAAUAACAAAAUUUGUAAGUUUACGUAAUAAAACAAAAUAUGGCUGCUCAACUAUUUAACCGCAUCGGCCAGGUAGGCCUGGGCAUGGCUCUCGUUGGUGGAGUGGUCAACUCUGCACUUUACAAUGUUGACGGAGGACACAGAGCUGUAAUCUUCGACAGAUUUGCUGGAGUCAAAAACCUAGUGGUGGGUGAAGGCACACACUUUUUCAUUCCAUGGGUGCAGCGGCCCAUCAUCUUUGACAUCAGAUCCAGGCCCAGAAAUGUGCCCACAGUCACUGGCAGCAAAGAUCUCCAAAAUGUGAACAUCACCCUCCGUAUCCUGUUCAGGCCGUUGCCCGACCAGCUACCCAAGAUCUACACCAUCCUGGGUGUGGACUAUGAUGAGAGGGUGCUGCCUUCCAUCACUGGGGAGGUCCUGAAGGCGGUUGUCGCACAGUUUGAUGCCGGAGAACUUAUCACACAGAGAGAGGUAGUCUCACAAAAAGUGAGCGAAAGUCUAACCGAGCGAGCUGGUCAGUUCGGUCUCAUCCUCGACGACAUCUCCAUCACCCACCUCACCUUCGGCAAGGAGUUCACACAGGCCGUCGAGCUCAAACAAGUCGCCCAACAGGACGCCGAGAAAGCCCGCUUCCUCGUCGAGAAGGCUGAACAGCAGAAGAAGGCUGCUGUCAUCGCCGCGGAGGGUGACGCCCAAGCAGCUAUCCUACUCGCAAAGUCCUUCGGCACUGCUGGUGAAGGUCUAGUGGAACUCCGUCGUAUCGAGGCCGCGGAAGACAUCGCCUACCAGCUAUCCAAAUCGCGCAACGUCACCUACCUACCGGCGGGACAGAAUGUCCUUCUCAACCUUCCGCAGUAGAAUUGUUAGUGCCAUGCGUUCUGUUCCAAAUUCGAUGCGGUGAAGGCUUCUUCCAAAAAUCUAUCUUAAAUUCGUGUUUUUUUUUUUUUUUUUUUUAUUAUACUGAUAUUGGAGAUGUGC